CCGCCGCUCCCGCCGCCAUUUUGGGUUCGUUUUGCGGAGGGGGAGACGAUCCCCCUUCUCGGUUGCGGGCCCCGCCUCCCCUCAGCCUUCCCCCCUGCCCCAGUCCGUUCCCCUCUCCCCCUUUUCCUUCCCGCCAGUCUGCUCACCCGCCUGCCGCCGCCUGACAAGCGGGAGGGACCCGCCGCGGACCCAGGGAAGCGGAGGAGCCCCGAGGCGGCCGCCUACCCUCCCCAACUCCUUGCCCUCUCCUCAUCUCCUUCGUCCCCGGCCUCUGACACGAGAUGUUGGUUGCAAGUUUUGGAAAACAGCCAUUUCUGUUUAAUACAACUUUGUAAAUCUUCCACAAGAUUCCUUGGAAAUAGCGUGCACUUGUGAUGGACCAUAGGAAUACUGCUAUGUUAGGAGUGGGUUCCGACUCCGAAGGAUUUGCAAGAAAGAGUCCCUCUGCCAUCAACACUGGAACACUGGUUAGUAAGAGAGAAGUGGAACUAGAGAAUAGCACUAAGGAGGAAGAGGACCUUUGGAGGCGGAAUCGGGACAGAAAUAUUGAGACAGGGAAAAACGAUGGUUUGACUGAUGCACAGCAACAGUUUUCUGUGAAAGAAACAAACUUUUCAGAGGGAAACUUAAAGUUGAAAAUUGGCCUCCAGGCUAAGAGAACUAAAAAGCCUCCUAAAAACUUGGAGAACUAUGUGUGUCGACCUGCCAUAAAAACAAGCAUUAAGCAUCCAAGGAAAGCACUGAAAAGUGGGAAGAUGACAGAUGAAAAAAAUGAACUUUGCCCUUCAAAACGAGACCCUUCAAAACUCUACAAGAAAGCAAGCGACGUUGCAGCUGUUGAAUGCCGGCCUGAAGAAGGCAUCCACCUUCAUUCACAGGGAGAAAAUAAUCCUGUGUCAAAGAAGCUUUCUCCACUACAUUCUGAAAUGACAGAUUAUGUUAAAUCAGUACCAUCUACUCUUGUUGGUAGCCGUGAUCCUGACUCAAAGGACAGAGCACUACUUAAUGGAGCAACAAGUGUAACAGAAAAAUUGGCACAACUCAUUGCUACUUGUCCACCCUCCAAGUCUUCCAAGACAAAGUCGAAAAAGCUAGGGGCUGGUAUUACAGCAGGAUUGGUUAGCAAAGACUUGAUCAGGAAGCCAGGCAUUGGUCCUAUGUCAGGAAUUGUCCACAAGGACUUGGUUAAGAAACCAACAAUUAGCACAGCAGUUGGGUUGGUAACUAAAGACCCUGGGAAAAAGCCAAUAUUUAGUGCUGCAGUGGGAUUGGUCAGUAAAGACGUUGGGAAAAAACUGGGAACUGGUACUACAACAGUAUUCAUAAAUAAGGAUUUAGGAAAGAAACCAGGGACUAUCACUACAGUGGGACUGGUGAGCAGAGAUUCAGGGAAGAAAUUAGGAAUUGGUAUUGUCCCAGGUUUGGUGAGUAAGGAAUCAGGAAAGAAAUUGGGACUUGGUACUGUAGUUGGACUUGUUAAUAAAGAUUCAGUAAAGAAGUUGAGCCCUGCCAUUGGACUGGUUGCAAAGGAGUGUGGGAAGAAGACUAUAACAAAUUCAGCUGUGGGAUUGGUUAAUAAGGACCCUGCAAAAAAAUUGGUGGCAUGCCCUGUGGCAGGAUUGGUCAGCAAAGAUAUUGUGAAUUUAAAAGCGGAAGCCUUGCUCCCAGCUCAAGAACCACUUAAGGUAUCUUGCAAUGCAAAUACCAGUAGUCAUGAAAGUCAGGAGCUUUCUGAAUCCCUGAAAGAUAGUACCACCAGCAAAGCUUUUGAGAAGACUAUUAUACGGCAAAAUAAAGAUAGCAUAUUAGAAAAGUUCUCAAUUCGAAAAGAAAUCAUUACUUUGGACAAAGACAUUUUUAAUGAAGGAACUUGCAUUCAGCAGGACAGUUUCUUAUCCAGUGAAAGAGGGACCUAUGUUGAAACUACAAAGCAUGAGAAGCAGCCUCCAGUAUAUUGCACUUCACCAGACUUUCAAAUGGGAGGUACUUCUGAUGCAUCUACAGCUAAGUCUCCCUUUAGUGCAGUAGGUGAGAGUAAUCUCCCUUCCCCCUCACCAGCCAUGUCUGUUACACCUUUAAACAGAAGUCCCCCUGGAACUUCCUCCCAGUUGGUUACUAAUCCAUUACAUUUAGGUCCUUCCACAGAACUCAUAGAAGGAAUUGCUGAAUCCAUUGGAAAAACCCAAUUCAGUUCUGAAAAUUCCCAUAUGAACCUUGGUCACAGGUCUCUGGUUCAUAGCAUGAACACUGAUUGCAAAGGGAGUGAUAAAGAGUUAAAUGAUUCAAAAGCUACUCACACAGAUAACCCAAGAAUGGGCUCUUCCAUAGGAAAAAAGCCAAGUCUGGCUUCAGAAUCCAGUAUUCAUGCUACAAUUACCCCCUCAGUUGUUAGUUUCACUAGUUUAUUUAGCAGUAAACCCUUUCUGAAGAUUGGUGCAGUAACUGCAUCAGAGAAACACUGCCAAGUUGCUGAAAGCCUGAGCACUAGUUUGCAGUCCAAACCAUUAAAAAAAAGAAAAGGAAGGAAACCACGAUGGACUAAAGUGGUAGCAAGAAACACAUGCCGGCCUCCAAAAGGGCUAGAAUUAGAAAGGUCAGAGCUUUUUAAAAAUGUUUCAUGUAGCUCUUUGUCAAAUAGCAAUUCCGAGCCAGCCAAGUUCAUGAAAAACAUUGGGCCAUCUUCAUUUGUGGAGCAUGACUUCCUUAAAUGCCGAUUGCCAAAGCUGAGUAAAUCUAGCACUGCUCCAUCUCUUUCCCUGUUAACUGAAACUGACAAGCAGUCUCAUAAGUCCUUUACCACCCACAAGCUUUCCUCCAGUAUAUGCAUGUCUGGUGACCUUUUACCUGAUAUUUACAAACCUAAAAGAGGAAGACCUAAAACUAAGGAGAUGCCCCAACUAGAAGGUCCCCCCAAAAGGACCCUAAAAAUCCCAGCCUCUAAAGUCUUUUCAUUGCAUUCAAAAGAAGAGCAAGAGCCCCCUAUUUUGCAGCCAGAAAUUGAAAUCCCUUCCUUCAAGCAAAGCCUAUCAGUAUCGCCUUUUCCCAAAAAGAGAGGAAGGCCAAAAAGACAAAUCAGAUCACCAGUCAAGAUGAAACCACCUGUGCUAUCAGUGGCACCCUUUGUGGCCACUGAAAGUCCAAGCAAACUAGAGUCUGAGAGUGAUAAGCAUAGAAAUAGCAGUGACUUCUUUGAAAGAAAAGAUCAACUUCAGGAUCCAGAUGACAGUCAUAAACCAAGUGUCUGUGGUAUGAGUGACCUUGAGAUGGAACCUGAUAAAAAAAUUAACAAGAGAAACAAUGGCCAACUAAUGAAAACCAUUAUCCGCAAAAUAAAUAAGAUGAAGACUUUGAAGAGAAAGAAACUCCUGAAUCAGAUUCUCUCAAGUUCUGUAGAGUCAAGUAACAAAGGGAAAGUGCAAUCCAAACUCCACAAUACAGUGUCAACACUUGCUGCCACAUUUGGCUCCAAACUGGGCCAACAGAUAAAUGUCAGCAAGAAAGGAACCAUUUAUAUAGGAAAGAGGCGAGGCCGGAAACCAAAAGCUGUGCUGAAUGGCAUCUUAACUAGUAGCCCUACUGGUUUGGCUGUGCUAGAGAAAACAGCUCAUCAGGCAGCUGGGUCAGCAUUAGGACAAAUUCUCCCCCCUCUCUUGCCUUCAGCAGCAAGUAGUUCUGAGGUUCUUCCAUCCCCUAUCUGUUCUCAGUCUUCUGGGACCAGUGGGGGCCAGAGUCCUGUCAGCAGUGAUGCAGGAUUUGUUGAGCCCAGUUCAGUGCCAUAUUUACAUAUACACUCCAGACAGGGCAGUAUGAUUCAGACACUUGCUAUGAAGAAGGCGUCAAAAGGAAGGAGGCGAUUAUCUCCUCCUACUUUGUUGCCAAAUUCUCCUUCUCACUUGAGUGAACUUACUUCUCUGAAGGAAGCCACUCCUUCUCCAAUUAGUGAAUCUCAUAGUGAUGAGACCAUUCCUAGUGAUAGUGGGAUUGGAACAGAUAAUAAUAGCACAUCAGACAGAGCAGAAAAGUUUUGUGGGCAGAAAAAGAGGAGACAUUCUUUUGAACAUGUUUCUCUCAUUCCUCCUGAAACCUCCACAGUCCUAAGUAGUCUCAAAGAGAAACAUAAACACAAGUGUAAACGCAGGAGUCAUGAUUACCUCAGUUAUGACAAAAUGAAAAGACAGAAGCGAAAACGGAAAAAGAAGUAUCCCCAGCUACGAAACAGACAAGAUCCAGACUUCCUUGCUGAGCUGGAGGAGCUAAUAAGUCGUUUAAGUGAAAUUCGGAUCACUCAUCGAAGUCAUCAUUUUAUCCCCCGUGAUCUCCUACCCACUAUUUUUCGAAUUAACUUUAACAGUUUCUAUACGCACCCCACUUUCCCCUUAGAUCCUUUGCACUACAUUAGAAAACCUGAUUUAAAGAAAAAAAGAGGGAGGCCCCCUAAGAUGAGGGAAGCAAUGGCUGAAAUGCCUUUUAUGCACAGCCUUAGUUUUCCUCUUUCUAGUACUGGGUUUUACCCUUCUUAUGGCAUGCCUUAUUCUCCCUCUCCACUUGCAGCUGCUCCCAUAGGAUUAGGAUACUAUGGAAGGUACCCUCCAACUCUUUAUCCACCACCGCCCUCUCCUUCUUUCACUACUCCUUUGCCACCUCCUUCUUACAUGCAUGCUGGUCAUUUGCUUCUCAAUCCUGCCAAAUACCACAAGAAGAAACAUAAGCUGCUUCGUCAGGAGGCCUUUCUUACAACAAGCAGGACACCCCUUCUCUCCAUGAGCACCUACCCCAGUGUCCCUCCUGAGAUGGCUUAUGGUUGGAUGGUGGAGCACAAACACCGGCAUCGUCACAAACACAGAGAACACCGUUCUUCUGAGCAACCCCAGGUUUCCAUGGACACUUUAGCUACCAAUAGCUCUUCCAGAACUGUCCUAGAAUCUUUGAAGCGUUACCGGUUUGGUAAAGAUACUGUUGGGGAGCGAUAUAAACACAAAGAGAAGCAUCGUUGUCACAUGUCCUGUCCUCAUUUGUCCCCAUCAAAAAGCUUAUUAAGCCGAGAGGAGCAGUGGGUCCACCGAGAGCCUUCAGAAUCCAGUUCAUUGGCAUUGGGGUUGCAGACACCUUUACAAAUUGACUGUUCAGAAACACCUCCAGGUUUGUCCCUGGGAGGUUUCACACCCACCUCUGAGCCAGCCAGCAGUGAUGAACACACAAACCUUUUCACAAGUGCAAUAGGCAGCUGCAGAGUAUCAAACUCUACUAACACAAAUGGCCGGAAGAAACUGACUGACAGCCCAGGACUGUUUACUGCACAGGACACUUCACUAAAUCGGCCUCUAAGAAAGGAAACCUUGCCUACUAAUGAAAGGGCACUGCAAACAUUGACAGGCUCCCAGCCAACCCUAGACAAGCCCUCUCAAAGGCCGGCAGAGAGCACAAACUGCAGCCCUACCCGAAAGAGAUCUUCAUCAGAGAGCACUUCUUCAACAGUGAUUGGAAUCCCUACCCGAGGUACAAGAUUAGGAACAUCUGUGGAUGACUCUGUGGAUAGUCUGCUUCAGCGGAUGGCACAACAUGAAAGCCAAGGGAACUUAGAGAAAAACAUUGAUGCUGUCAUUGCCACAGUCUCUAUCCCACCUUCCUCAAGCCCAGGCCAUACUCAUAGUAGGGAACGAGGUCUGGGGAAAUCAGACAGCCUGCUAGUACCCACAGCACCUAGUGACUCCUGCAGCAACACCACCAUCUCACUCCUCUCUGAGAGGUUGCCAAGCAGCUGUUCCCCCCAUCAUCUCAAGAGGAGUGUGGUAGAAGCCAUGCAACGCCAAGCCCGGAAAAUGUGCAAUUAUGAUAAAAUCUUGGCCACCAAGAAAAACCUGGACCAUGUCAAUAAAAUAUUAAAAGCCAAAAAGCUUCAAAGACAGGCAAGGACAGGUAAUAAUUUUGUGAAGCGCAGACCAGGCCGACCUCGGAAAUAUCCCCUCCAGGCUGUAGUGUCAAUGCAGGCAUUCCAGGCUGCCCAGUUUGCCAGCCCAGAAUUAGAUGAAGGGGAGGAAGGUGGAACACUGCAUCUUGGUCCUGAUACAGUUACAGAUGUCAUUGAGGCUGUUGUUCAGAGUGUGAACCUGAACCCAGAACUUAGGAAAGGAUGGAAAAGGAAAAGUUGGCUUCUGGAGGAAGAAGCAAGGAAAAGACAGAAGAUAAUUCCCGAAGAAGAACAGGAGAAUAAUAAAAGGCAACACAUUGCAGAAAAGGCAUUGAUUCAGAGAAGAGGAACAGGAUCGUUAGCAACCUUAAGCUUUCCUGAGACAACAGUUGAAUCUCCUAGUCCUCCAGAAGCCCCACCAAAGCCACCUGAACCUGAAAAUACCCUGCAACCUCUACCUUCUCUUAUUCCACGGGAAAAGAAAGCCCCUCGCCCUCCAAAGAAGAAAUAUCAGAAAGCAGGGCUCUAUUCUGAUGUAUACAAAACUACAGACCCAAAGAGCCGACUUAUACAGUUAAAGAAAGAGAAACUGGAGUAUACUCCUGGAGAGCAUGAGUAUGGAUUAUUCCCAGCCCCUAUUCAUGUUGGAAAGUAUCUGAGACAAAAGAGAAUUGACUUUCAGCUUCCCUAUGACAUCCUCUGGCAGUGGAAACACAACCAGCUAUAUAAAAAGCCAGAUGUCCCACUAUACAAAAAAAUCCGUUCAAAUGUCUACGUUGAUGUCAAACCUCUUUCUGGCUAUGAGGCUACCACCUGCAACUGUAAAAAACCAGAUGACGGCAAUAGGAAGGGUUGUAUGGAUGACUGCCUCAACAGAAUGAUCUUUGCUGAGUGCUCCCCCAAUACCUGCCCCUGUGGGGAGCAGUGCUGUAAUCAGAGGAUACAAAGGCAUGAGUGGGUACAGUGUCUUGAACGGUUCCGAGCUGAGGAGAAGGGCUGGGGGAUCCGGACCAAAGAACCUUUGAAAGCUGGCCAGUUCAUCAUCGAAUACUUGGGAGAAGUUGUCAGUGAGCAGGAGUUCAGGAACCGAAUGAUUGAACAAUACCAUAAUCACAGCGACCACUACUGCCUAAAUCUGGACAGUGGAAUGGUGAUUGACAGCUACCGCAUGGGCAAUGAGGCCCGGUUCAUCAACCAUAGCUGUAACCCAAAUUGUGAAAUGCAGAAAUGGUCUGUCAAUGGAGUCUACCGGAUUGGGCUCUAUGCCCUGAAAGAUAUGCCAGCUGGUACUGAACUCACCUAUGACUACAAUUUUCAUUCCUUUAAUGUUGAGAAACAGCAACUUUGUAAGUGUGGUUUUGACAAAUGCCGAGGUAUCAUUGGGGGCAAGAGCCAACGCAUGAAUGGACUCACCAGCAAAAGUAGCCAACCUGUGACCACACACCGACGUCCAGGACGGUCAAAAGAGAAGAGGAAAUCCAAGCACAAGUUGAAGAAAAGGAGAGGCCAUCUUUCUGAGGAGCCUAAUGAAAAUGUUAACACCCCAACCAGAAUGACCCCCCAACUGCAAAUGAAGCCAAUGUCCAACCGUGAAAGGAACUUUGUGUUGAAACAUCAUGUAUUCCUGGUCCGGAACUGGGAGAAAAUCAGACAGAAGCAAGAGGAGGUAAAACACACCAGUGACAAUAUCCAUUCAGCUUCCUUGUACACCCGUUGGAAUGGUAUCUGCCGAGAUGAUGGAAACAUCAAAUCUGAUGUCUUCAUGACCCAGUUCUCUGCCUUGCAGACAGCCCGCUCAGUGCGGACAAGGAGGUUGGCAGCUGCAGAGGAGAACAUUGAAGUGGCCCGGGCAGCACGCCUGGCCCAGAUAUUCAAAGAGAUAUGUGACAGCAUCAUCUCUUACAAAGAUUCUUCCCGACAGGCAUUGGCAGCUCCACUAUUGAACCUUCCCCCAAAGAAAAAGAAUGCUGAUUAUUAUGAGAAGAUAUCUGACCCCUUAGAUCUCAUCACCAUUGAGAAGCAGAUCCUGACAGGUUAUUACAAGACAGUGGAGGCGUUUGAUGCUGACAUGCUCAAGGUCUUCCGGAAUGCUGAGAAGUACUAUGGGCGCAAGUCCCCAAUUGGGAGAGAUGUAUGUCGGCUACGCAAAGCAUACUACAGUGCACGGCAUGAGGCAUCAGCUCAAAUUGAUGAGAUUGUGGGGGAAACAGCAAGUGAGGCAGACAGCAGCGAAACCUCAGUCUGUGAGAAGGAAAAUGGGCAUGAGAAGGAUGAUGAUGUUAUCCGCUGUAUCUGCGGCCUCUACAAGGAUGAAGGCCUCAUGAUCCAGUGUGACAAGUGCAUGGUGUGGCAGCACUGUGAUUGCAUGGGAGUGAACUCAGAUGUGGAGCACUACCUCUGUGAACAAUGUGAUCCAAGGCCUGUGGACAGGGAGGUGCCCAUGAUACCUCGGCCCCACUAUGCCCAGCCUGGCUGUGUCUACUUCAUCUGUCUGCUCCGGGAUGACCUGCUGCUACGUCAAGGUGACUGUGUGUACCUGAUGCGAGAUAGUCGUCGAACCCCUGAUGGCCACCCAGUCCGUCAGUCUUAUCGAUUGUUAUCCCACAUCAACCGAGAGAAACUUGACAUCUUCCGCAUUGAGAAGCUUUGGAAGAAUGAAAAAGAGGAGCGGUUUGCCUUUGGCCAUCAUUAUUUUCGUCCCCAUGAAACCCACCACUCCCCAUCACGUCGAUUUUAUCAUAAUGAGCUGUUCCGAGUGCCACUAUAUGAAAUCAUUCCUCUGGAGGCUGUGGUGGGGACUUGUUGCGUAUUGGACCUGUACACAUACUGUAAAGGGAGGCCCAAAGGAGUGAAAGAACAGGACGUAUACAUCUGUGACUACCGACUUGAUAAAUCAGCCCACCUGUUCUACAAGAUUCACCGGAACCGCUACCCUGUCUGCACCAAACCCUAUGCCUUCGAUCACUUCCCCAAGAAGCUCACUCCCAAGAGAGAUUUCUCACCUCAUUAUGUUCCAGACAACUAUAAGAGGAAUGGAGGAAGGUCAUCCUGGAAGACAGAACGUUCAAAGGCGCCCAUUAAGGACCUAGGCCAGGAGGAUGAUGCCCUACCACUCAUUGAAGAAGUAUUGGCCAAUCAAGAGCAAGCAGCCAAUGAAAUGCCCACCCUGGAGGAACCUGAUCGGGAGGUAGCAUCUGGUGAAACAACUGAGGGUGAAAAGAAAGCAGAUGAAGGUAGACAGGAGCCUCAGAGGUCCUGCACACCUGAAGAGAGGCGACACAGCCAACGGGAACGACUCAACCAGAUCCUGCUCAAUCUUCUUGAGAAGAUCCCUGGAAAAAAUGCCAUCGAUGUGACAUACUUGCUGGAGGAAGGAUCAGGAAGAAAGCUUCGGAGACGUACUCUGCUUAUCCCAGAGAGCAGCUUCCGAAAGUGACCAUUGGGGGCCAGACCUCAAGCUGCUGGAACCCAUUGAGGGCCAAUCAACACAACCUCCUGACCCAGCUUCCACUUGAGUGUAAACAGGGAUAAGAAGAGGACUCUCCAGGCAGGGGAUUAGGACCAUGAAGCUGACAUUAGGUACUGAAUGGAGAAGAUGAAAGGGAGAGCUGUCCAAGACAGUCUAGUUAAUUUAUUUUCCUCUCCACAUCCCCAGCCAGAGGAAAAGUAAUGGAGGGUAAAAACAGGGGAAGGGUUGCACAUGCAAGCCUAUUGGCAUUUCCCCUUCCCUUAGACCUGGGUUUUCUUGCACCCUUCUCUGACCUUAUGGGCACUGCCAGGGGGCAUCCCCCCCCAGCUUUGACUCAAAGUCCAUGGUCCCACCCCAGCCGUCCUCAUGCUCCUAGAGCUCCCAUAGGGACCCAGAAAAGACAUAGCGGCCAGGGUUUCCUCCCAGCUACAAAAAAAAGUUUCUCUCCCCUCCUUAACCCAACUAGUUCGAAAUAAAAUAUAAGUCGACAGUCUAAAGUACUUGUAACUAUCACCCACCUCCCUACCCCUUACUCUGACUUGUACACCACCACCCCCAUGGAGUCUUGGCAUAAGGAGAGCCCCCAGGGGAUCAGGGAGAAGGUGGGCACAUCAAGUGAAAUUAUAAUUGUUUUGCCCUUUGUUCCUUACAGACCAGAUUUUUUUUUUCCUAAAGGGAAGGCCAGGCCCCGCCAGCACACGUACUGUUUGUUUUUGAUGCGCUGUGGUUCUUGUGUGUCUGCCGUGCUGUGCGAAUGGAUAUCCGUUUAAAAAAAACACACACAAAAAACUUAAAAAAAAACAUAAAUGAAAAAACUCUAAUCUUCCCCCACCAUGUCACUACAUGAAAUGUCAAGCAGUAUUCACCUACCAGAGUAUUUGUUGUGAAUUGUAGAUUAUCAACUGAAAACACUACUCUUGUGUUCUUAACUGUACAGUCAAAUUAUCCAUCUCUUAAAGAGACAGUGUGUAAUUCUCUGCUCUCAGUCACAUCUCUAUUUCCCCUUACCAUCCUGAAUGUCUAAGAUGAAGUUGGUUUAGGGGCUUCCCUACUCAGACACCUCUCUUUCUUCCCAUUUUCCUUCUGGCCAGGGGUUACUAGAAUACACUGUCUCUUAAAAAAAAAAAAAAUUUUUUUUAAGCUUUGCUUUGUUGUCCUCUCAGACGUACAUAUGCAUAUACGUUUUAGAUGUUCUUAUAAGAAAAAAAGACCGUUUUUAAAUGUGCCAAGUUGUAUAUAUAUAUAUAUCUGCUGCGUGAUUGGUAAGCAAUACAAUAGUUAACUUGUCCCUAUUCCUUUUUUUAAAUAUUGGACCAAUGCAGUCCUAAUUGUACAUUUUCCCUUAUAAUGACGACUCUUUCUCUCUCUCUGAUUCCUUUAGGUAGAACAUUGACUUUCCUCUCCUCCCCUAUUCCAUUGAAUCCUUUUUUCCUUUUUUCUCCUUUCCGUGUCAAUCUUGAAGAAAAAAUAAUAAAACAAAAGAUACAGGGGAUACAAAAAUCCCCCUCAAGCAGAGAAAAAGCAGAAUAAAUAUUUUAUUAAAAAAAAAAAGAGAAAUAAGAAAAUAGUUUGGAGUAUUUUCUUACUGUAGAGAAGCACUGUACAUUACUAAGAGACCUGGGUAUAAAAUACUCACGUGUGGAGUUGGAAAAAUCGCAUGUCCAAGCCCAUUUGGGUGGUUUCUUUUGGUUUUCGUUGUUGUGGGAGGGGGGUUGGGGAGGGAUGGUAGGGGAAUUUGGGGGGAGGGGUCUCCUUUUAGUCAAAAGCAGGAAAGUGACAAGAAAGAGAAGAUAAAAUUCAUUGUCUCCUUUAAUGGUGUUAAACACUUAAAAAAACACAAAAGAAAAAAACUUUGUAAAAUGCAAAACAGAAGCAAAAGACACUAAGCUCUGUCAUUUUAUCUUUCUUUUGUUGAAAGACUAAAAACCGAAACGUUUUUUAGACAAUCAAAUGUUAGGUAAGUGCAAAAACUUGUUUUUUCUUACUGGUGUAGAAAUUAAUGCCUUUUUUUAUUUUUCGGUUAUUUUAUAAUAACGGAAAUAAAAAGAACCCCCAACUGUUGGGUGGGUUUUGGUGUUUGAAACACGGGGCGAAGCACUACAUUACUGCAAAUAGAUACGGAUUUAGUCUGCAUGUUUGUAGGCUGUGUGAUUGCUGAAAAUAUAAAUGCUGCUAAUAUAUUUCCUUUUUACAAAAGCAUAUCUAAAUAGAUGAUUGUUUUGAUGUUAAUCUUUGUAAAUUAUGUAUUACCAAUUUUAACAUUGGAUGUAAUUGCAUAAAAAGCUUGCAUCUCAAUCCUUGAAAGUCUAGUAUUAAAUGGAAAAACUUUUCCUA